GACAUCAGAACCUGCAAAAACUACGUGCAGUCCGCGCUCAUUGUCCCCAUCGCUGCUCUCUGCGACCGCACGAGCUGAAAGUCCUCGGCGGCGGGGGGUGGUGGAGAGAGAGAGAGAGAGAGAGAGCAGCCAUGCGGUCCGUCGCCGCGUUUCUCGUCGUCCUCGGAAGUGUCGGAUUGAUCGGAUGCAAGCCGUCCUCGUCCUGUCCGAGAGGACAGUUCCUGCUGAGGAAGCAGCAGUGUGUCCUCUGCCAUCCCACCUGCUCCGAGUGCGACGGGCAGGAGCUGUUCCAAUGCACUACCUGUGGAGUGGAUGAAGAUGGACAGGAGCGUUUCCUUCAGCAAGGUCGCUGUCGGACGCACUGCCCCCGGGGGUUCUAUCCUGACAGAGGUCACUAUGCAUGUCUGCCCUGCAUGGCCAAUUGUGAACUCUGCACAGAUGGCAGCAUGUGCGCCAAAUGUCGGGAACACUACAAACUCCAAAAUGGAGUGUGCCAAACUGCGUCCUGUGCCGUAGGGCAAGUGCAGGACCCGGAUACGGGGGAGUGCAUCGACUGUGAGAUGGGCUGCAAGACUUGCUCCACAGAGGACCCUGAGAUCUGCAACAGCUGUGCAGAGGGUUACUUUCUUUUCAGACACCAGUGUCGCCGGCAUUGCCCCCAGAGCACCUACGAAGACUGGGGCAGGGGUCUCUGUCUGCCGUGUCCUGCACCGUGCACAGACUGCAGGGGCAACGCGCGCUGUCUGGCCUGCCAGCCCGGUUACUUCCUCAACGGAGGAGACUGUUUAAAACAGUGCCCGCAGCAGACCUUCAGUGACUCCAGUGGGUGGCUCUGCCAGUCCUGCCACACCUCCUGCCAGACAUGCCACGGCCCUCGGGCGACCAACUGCGACCUGUGUCUCGGUGGGAACCCUCCUGUGCACGGGCAGUGCCCUCCGGUCAACUGCCCGCUGGGACAGUACUAUGACAGGAAAUAUAGUGAAUGUCUCGCUUGUGAUGGAUCCUGUAAAAGCUGUUUUGGCCCACAAGCGCUGGAUUGUUCUUCUUGUUUCAAAGGAUAUUUCUUGGAUCAGGACAGUUCUUGUGUCACGCAAUGUCCAUCCGGCUCCUACGCAAACGCCGCCACUCAGCUGUGUGAGGACUGCUCGCCGAGCUGCGAGGCCUGCCUGGACACCAGUGAUAACUGCGUCAGCUGUGCUAAAGGCAGCUAUAAACUCUUUCUCCACCAGGGGAGGUGCUGGUCAAAUUGCCCAGAAGGCUUCUUUGAGACCGCAGAGGAGUCGUGUGAAGCCUGUGACAGCUCCUGUUUGUCAUGUGACGGGAUCAAGUCCCAGUGUCUGUCCUGUGCUGAUGGCCACUACUUGGAGAGUGGUGUGUGUGGACUCAACUGUUCACUGCAGACAUACCCUGCAGACGAUGGUACCUGCCGACGCUGUUCUCCCCACUGUGACGUCUGCUCCGACGAGACGACCUGUUUCAAAUGCAGCUUCCUUUACCUGAUUCUGAACGGUGUGUGUAAGGCAAGCUGUCCCCCGGGGUACUAUGAGGACAUGGAUGAGGGCCGCUGUGGCCAGUGCCACCCGACAUGUGGCAGCUGUUCGGGGCCCCUGGCAGAUGACUGCGACACCUGCUUGACAUUUAGCCCCAAACUUUAUAAGGGAACAUGCUCCAAAGACUGCCCCACUGGUACCUACUAUGAAACGGAAGCACUGGAAUGUCAAGAGUGCCACCAGACCUGUAUGAGCUGCUCCGGCCCAGACGCCAACCAGUGCACCCAGUGCGAGAAGGGCCUUGUGCUGGAUCCAAACACGUUGUUAUGUGGCGUGACAGGUGACACCGACUGCCCACAAAGGACCUACCUACACGACGACCGCUUCACCUGCAUGCGUUGCCAUCAGCACUGUUACUCCUGUGAAGGGCCCGGCAACGACGAGUGCCAGACCUGUGCCGUCCCCAGAUACCUCCAUAACAGCACUUGUGUGAGCGAGUGUCCAGCUGGCACCUACGACUCGGAGCAGGAUGCCGACGGAGCCGAGCUCGGCCUCUGUGUGCCUUGUGAUCACGCCUGUUCCACCUGCUCGGGGGCAUCCCCCAAAGAUUGCCUCACUUGCUCUCCCGGAUACUUGCUUCAUCUCCUUCAACUCUGUGUCACACAUUGUCCCACACGGUAUUACAGAGCGGGCUCCCACUGUGAGAAAUGUGACCCGUCCUGUGAGCAGUGUACAGGACCAGGUCCUGAGUCCUGCCUGGCCUGUUCACCUCCUCUUCUGGAGCUGCACGGCACCAAGCUGUGCGUUGAGCGCUGCCCACACCGCUUCUAUCAAUUCAAUGAGUUCUGCUAUCAAUGCCACACCAGUUGUCAGACCUGCACAGAGGCCUCGCCCCGGGCGUGUGUUGCGUGCGACCGGGGAAGCACUUUAAAGGACCGAGUCUGCUACCCACACUGUGAGGAGGGCCGAUACUUUUCGGAAAAGGAAACCUGUGAGCCAUGCGACGGCUCCUGUAGAGAUUGCAGCGGCCCCGGACCUGACCAGUGUCUGACCUGUCACCGGGAUUCUGCUCUCCAUGCUGUGGAGAGCCGCUGCGCCCGCUGCUGCCGGGCUGCAGGGAAUGAAACAGGUUGCUGUGUUUGUGACAGCAGCUCAGCUCUGUGUGUGGAGGCCCCCCGCCCCAAGCCAGGGGAGGACCAGGUAACAGACCUGAAUAUGUCCUCUCGAGCUCUGGAGCACACCUCUGCCGGCCUCCCCGUCGCCCUGCUGCUGGCGCUGGCGUUGGCUCUGGCCGUGUUCGCCUUGGUCAAGGCCCAUGCCAGGAAGAGGCUCUGCUGGGGCCAAAGCUACGAGAGGCUGAGUGGCAGCAGCAGCAUGAAUAUGCCCCAUGGUGUUCCCGAGCCGGACAGCGGGGACGAGGUGGACGUGGUGUACACCAGCAGAGGUGGAUCGGUCUAUCGACGUUACAGCUUUAUCCACGAGCAGGACACCGACGCAGACCCACGCGUCGGCGAGAGCACUCGUCUCAAUCAAGCUUAGGUGCACACGUAGAGAUCACAAGAAGAGGAAUGUCUGUUUUUCCUUUGGUACAUUACUUUAUGAGCUAUUGGGUUUAUUCUACUCUCUACUGUACCUCCUGUAAUGCACAUUCAAAGUAGAAACAUUUGUGGGUUAACAGUGAAAACAAAAUACAUACAUAGCAGUCAAAGGGUUGGGCACAUUUUGUCAUUCAAUUCAAUGACUGGCACUGUAUGUGUAAAUGUAUUGAAAUGAUAAAUAGAUCAGUACAUCCGACACUCCCUCCAGCUGAAAGUCUAUCUACCACUCCAUCACUCUGUGUGGAGGUCUGAAAGCACUUCUAGAUAGUCGUUUUUUAAAAGGGAACACAAACCAAUCUGAGCUCAGCCCCUUUAGCAAAUAAAGGUUUUGCGAUCAUCUUAUACCGAACAGCCGGACCCUCAGGGAAGGGGGAGGGGGGGGGGAAACUACACACAAGCACACUCAAAAUACACUCUGUGACUCAGACUCCUGAAACUCAUUAUGUAUCUUUAUGGCUAAAGGUGACAAAAGUGUCUAAGUUACUAUGGUCACAGUUGUAUUUGUAAGUUGUGAAAAACGUUGUGCUUUCAACUGUCUCACAUCUGAACAACAGUUUCUUAAUGAUUGAAGAAUGCUUCUAAUUGUUUGAUUUACAAUUAGUUAUAGUCAAUAUGAAUUACAGGAACUUAAACAAAAUAAAUCAAUAGGUUCUGUUUCUAAGACAUUUUAGGUGUGUAUGACUUUUCCUUUUUCACUUGAUAUUAAAGUGUUUUUGUUAAACAGUACAAUUCUCAUGUAGAAAUCUGAAUGAUCUGUAUUAAAAUGAAAUAAAAAUAGUUUCUACUCGA